AUGGUUUGGUCGGGUUUCCGUUUGAGGUCUGUCUCAAGAUGGGCGGCCCUCCUCCUCCUCGCCCAGCUUUCUUCAGGACUGCGAACAACACCAGGUUCUCCAUGCGAGAGCAGUUGCAGCCCGUCCAACGAUACACUGGGGUCGGAGAUUGUCUGUCUGGAUCAUGAAUAUUCCACUACCGCGAAAGGGAGGAAGUUUAAGGAUUGUGUCGGGUGUCAACUGGAAAGCACUUUCUUCGACGAUGUCUCGAAACAAUCAGAUGUUGAAUGGGGUCUCUACAAUCUUCGAUACGCCUUUUCGUCGUGCGUUUAUGGUAUUCCGGAAAAAGUUGCCAACAUCUCGAACCCUUGCCCAGUCGCAUGCGAGGAAGUAGAAGGCCCAGCCACAUACGACCUGGACAACCCCACUGGUGAAAACUUGGAGUCCUGGUGCAAUACCGCCACGUUUGCCGACAAUGAGAUCACCGCCUGUGAGGUGUGCUAUAACCUGACGUCGGAUUCGGGCAGCCAAAUGUACAUUGCAAAUUUCCUCGAGUCCAUUCGCUAUAACUGUCACUUCCAAACACCCACCGAAGUAGAAUUCCCCAUCACACCGGAUAGAAUUUUCGCCGAGACAAUGCUUCCCUCCUCAACCGCCGACCUAAUCUCCUCUGGUAUGUCAAAGGAGCGCCUCGCCAUUGUAAUCGCCAUGCCAAUCCUCGGAUUCGUCAUAUUCCUCUGCCUCCUCGCCCUUGGAUGCUUCUUUUUCAUCCGCUCCCGCCGCAAGAAGGUCCGCCGCCUCCGCCAGCCAAAUCACCUCCACGCUCGCUGGAAUGACACAGGCAUCAGCACCCCGCAAUGGGCUACCGAAUACCCCGCGCAGGCGCAGGGUGCGUAUGGGCCCGCGGUAUACUCUCCAAAACCCUACGGCUCCGGGUACGGAUUCGACUUCGUCGACAACGAUGGGCGCAGUCAAAACGUGGGAUACUCGAAAGUCGUAGAGCCGGUGAUUACGUCGCCGUCGACAGUGUAUUCGCCUGAGGAGAAGGUGCCGCAGACGCAGCAAACCUAUUUCCCGCCGCCGCCGUCGAUGUCGGGUAGUGGGAAGAUGAAGCAGCCGGAAUAUUGA